UGUAUUCAAAUUUACACUUUCCGUUAUAGUGUAUUGGGGUGAGAAAGUCAUGAUAUUGGUUGCAAAUUGGUAGCAAAUUGGUGGGGAUAUCACAUGAAAGAUCAUUAUCCCAUUGAAAAACAUGUUGAAUUGGUUGCAAAUUUGGAUAAUGCGAGGGAAGUCAUGAUAUUUUUAUGAUUUUUAUAACACUUAUGGCGAUGAAAAGCACGUAACAGCGAUCAUGGCGAUGCCGGGUCCAGUUCAUCCAUUAGUGCUUACGCUUCAGGAUGACGCGCUGGAGGAUGACGCAGAUGAUGUGACGGUUGAUAGACAUGCGCGAGCUUACAUCUUGUACCUGUUUGGAUGCAUCUUGUUUCCAGACAAGAGCGGCGACUCGGUACAGUUGAUCUAUCUCCCUCUACUGGGAGACUUGGAGCGCAUAGAUGAAUACAGUUGGGGAAGUGCUACCCUAGCGUAUCUGUAUCGUAACUUAUGUCGAGCAUUUCGUAAGGGUGCCAAGGACAUUGGUGGCUGCUUGAUGUUGUUACAGAUAUGGUCAUGGGAGCACAUUCAUAUAGGGAGGCCCAUUAUUCGGACGAUUCGACCCAAUGGGCAACAUGAUCAGGAAGACGACGCGGAUGAUUUUGAACCGGUGUUAGGGUCACAGCAUCGGCGCGGGAUGGAUCCUUUAGCAGUAAGCUGGCUUCGCGUAUAUCUUUCGAGAUCCCACUCCCCACAUACUCUCGUCUACUACAGAGACGCACUUGAUCGACAACGGAACGAGCAGAUGACAUGGCAGCCUUACACAGUGGCUAAGAUGGACGCUCUACUGCACAUAUGUACAUCAGGCCACGAGAUUUGGAGAUCGCGUUGUCCACUUAUUUGCUUUGACAUUGUCGAGCUACGUCUUCCAGAUCGUGUCAUGCGUCAAUUCGGUUUGGAGCAGGUUAUUCCGCAUGCCUGUGACACCCAACCUCAACUACAUGCGAUCUAUCGAAGGACUGGGGACAAGAACUACGUCCUACGACAUAGAUCGCACGUAGAUGCGUGGAAUGACCGAGCAUCUCGUUUGGUUCGAAGAGAUAACUUCACAGGUCAUAGCACUGGCAUGUACAUGAGUUGGUACGGGCGUAUCUCCAUAUUACGCCUAACGAACACCGCAUUUGCGCAGCCAGGAUCACAUUACCAUCCGACAUCUAAGUUACUGUGCAAUGACACGAUUCAAGGGGCCGCUACAUUACCGGUUGAUGUAGGGUAUCGGCUAUGUUCUCAGACCCUAGGCUCUAUCAACGCGUCAUUGACCGAUGCAUUGAGUCAGGCGGGGUAUGAGUACCUCAUACCGACUCCACCCGUCAUUGGCGAGGUAGAUGACACAUUCCACACUCCUUCUCCAAGGAGUUCAGCCCAUAAAGGUAGCUCUUCUGGAGGAUCCAGUUCUCGGUCCACACGAGGUCGCCAGCGUUCAUCUACUCGAGGUCGGUCUUCCAGAUCGCCAUCGUCAUCCGGUACUAUGUCGCCAUUCGUUCCUCCAACUUCCAUCACCACUCCUCCUCCACAUCCAUCGCCUCCGCAAAGGAUCAUCACAUAUCAGGGUGCUAGUCAACGGCGAGUUCCUGCUCUUAAUGUCAUUGCGGAGGUUGACGAGUUCACACCAUCAUCAUCCACCGGUGCGCAAAACAAAAGGGGCCGGGGGUUGUAGUUUAACAAACUUUGUAUAUUCUUAUAUGACUUGAACUUCUUG